AUGAUGUGUGGAAUUAGGGGAAGUAAAAGCGCCUGCCGAAAAUUGGUAUUGCUUGGCGAUGGAGCCUGCGGUAAAACGAGUCUAUUAAAUGUCUUUACUAGAGGGUAUUUUCCAACGGUCUACGAACCCACGGUGUUUGAAAACUAUGUUCAUGAUAUUUAUGUCGAUAAUGUUCAUAUCGAACUCUCCUUGUGGGACACAGCCGGACAAGAAGAAUUCGAUCGCCUUCGAUCACUCUCAUAUGACGACACACAUGCAAUCAUGCUCUGCUUUGCCGUUGAUAGCAAAGAUUCUCUCGAAAACGUUGAGUCUAAAUGGGUUCGUGAAAUUGCCGAGAAUUGCCAAGGUGUCAACCUGGUUUUAGUUGCCCUUAAAUGUGACUUACGCGAGCUUGAAGAUGAGCCUGAAGAAGAUGGAGAAACAAGAGAAAGGAAAGAAACUAUUAAUUACGAACAAGGGCUUCUCGUUGCCCGACGAAUAAAUGCGCUGAGGUACCUUGAGUGCAGUGCCAUGCGCAACCGAGGAGUCAAUGAAGUAUUUACCGAAGCGGCACGAGUAGCUUUACAAGUGAAUCCAAAAAGUGGCAAAAAUGAGCCAAAAUGCGCUUUAAUGUAG